GACCAAGAAGAUGCUGCUGUCCCGUCAGACAGCAGCUGUAAAUCAAAGAUGACCAGGACCCACACGGGGAAGAAGGUAUUUUCUUGCAGCACUUGGAAGAAAGAGUUCAGUGAAAGUCGUUAUUUAAUGGAUCACAUGAAGAUCCACACUGGCGAAAGGCCGUACCUGUGCAACACCUGCGGCAAAACCUUUACUACAUUAUCAAAUCUUAAACAGCACAUAACCACACACACGGGCGAGAAGCCCUACAUUUGCACAACAUGUGGAAAAAGUUACAGGCUACGUUCAACCCUGGUGAUUCACUCGAGGACCCACACCGGCGAAAAGCCGUACCUGUGCAGCACCUGCGGCAAAAGCUUUAUUAAAUCAUCAGAUCUUAAACGCCACAUAACCACGCACACAGGAGAGAAGCCCUACAUCUGCAAAAUAUGUGGAAUAAGUUACAGGCUACGUGGCCACCUGGUGGUUCACUCGAGGACCCACACUGGCGAAAAGCCGUACCUGUGCAACACUUGCGGAAAAACCUUUACUCAAUCAUCACUUCUUAAAAGCCACAUAACCACGCACACAGGAGAGAAGCCCUACAUCUGCAAAACAUGUGGAAUAAGUUACAGGCGACGUGGCCACCUGGUGAUUCACUCGAGGACCCACACCGGCGAAAAGCCGUACCUGUGCAAUACUUGCGGAAAAACCUUUACUCAAUCAUCACUUCUUAAACGCCACAUAACCACACACACGGGCGAGAAGCCCUACAUCUGCAAAACAUGUGGAAAAAGUUACAGGCUACGUUCCACCCUGGUGAUUCACUCGAGGAUCCACACUGGUGAAAAGCCAUACCUGUGCAACACCUGCAGCAAAACCUUUACUAGAUCAUCAUCUCUUAAAAGCCACAUAACCACGCACACGGGCGAGAAGGGAUAUUUGUGCAAGACGUGCAACAAAGAUUUUAGCCGCAGAAUUGAUUUGCUGAGUCACAUGAAAAAUCACCCGGAGGAGAAGUCUGGUGACUUGUGACAAAUGAAGCUCAUGUUGUCGUCCUCCGGGGGCAGCUGUCCACUCCUGUCUGACCCACAGAAGAAGAACCCGCAGAAGUCCAACCACCACCUCCUGUGGCUGAUGAGCCUAAUCCCCUCCCCACAAGGGUUGCAGGUUCAACACAGAUUUAU